UUGAAAAAUUGAAAAAACAAAACGCACAGAAAAGCGAGAGAGAGAGGGGGAGGGAGGAGAGAGAGAGAGAGCAAAGCGGGGGAGAUCUGCCAGAACCAAAGAAUUUCAUCGAGCUCUCCUUCUCUCCGAUCAGAUCGGACUCUGUCCGUACAAAAAUUAGGGCUUCAUAUUUACUUUCCCAAUUUCUCCCACAAUAUUUCGAUUUUUACAUUUUGCAAUUCGAAAUUAUCCGACAGUUUGAAUUGCGUUGAAUUGCGCCUCAUUCCUUGAUUCCCUGAUCCGGAUACGCUGUAAUUUUUUAGGGUUUUGUUGUUGGCACGUAGGGUUUUGGUUCGUUAGGGGUUUGUGGGGGAGGCGGUGGUGGCAAUUGGGCAUUUGAUAUGUUUGAAAUUGUUUGAGUUUUGGGGGAUUGAUUGAAUGGCUUCGGCUCAGGUACUGCCCAACUCGCGAAAGCAAGAUCUUUUGGAAGCCGGAAAGCGCCGGCUGGAGGAGUUUCGGAAAAAAGCAGCAGACCGAGCUAAGAAGGCUUCAUCCACUAGCCAAAUCGAUGCUUCUGAAGUUAGCUCAAACGAGAAACAAUCUCUAGAAACUGAACAUGUACGAGUUACAGCCUCUGAUGGUGCUGGUACAUCUGAUGGGCCCAGUAGUGCUUUUACUGAAACUUCUUCUGUAUUAUUGAACAAUGAUAGCAACGCGAUUGAUUUUUUGCAAAAAAAUGAACAAGCUUCCGUGGAUAAUAAUACACACAGCAGUCCUUCAACCUCUGAGUUUAAUGCAUAUUCUGGAGAUCAAGUACAGAAACAUGCUGAUCAAGAAUAUCUGAGAUAUGGUGUUUUAGGGUUUGGGGGACCACUGGCCGUUAAUAAUCGCCAUGGGACUAAUGGGAUAAGUAAUGAUUUUGAAAAAUAUACUGGUGCCUUAGGUGGGACAACAUCUGACCAGUCUUUUGCUCCACGCCCACAAGCAAAUCAAGAUUUUGCGGGCAAUACAAGUCACUCCAGUUCUUAUGGAAGGAAUGAAUUUCAGUCCAAAGAACAUAUUACAUCUUUAAUGGAUUCUGGUUCUUCACAUCCAUCUGUUGCAAAAAUCUCAUCUCAGAACUCUGUCAGCACAUUACUACAGAGUGAAGCCUCUAAUGUCAGCAUAGUGUCUGGUGGCCCUGCACCGUCUUCACUUUAUGAAGACUUGGUUGAACCCAGUCCCAGCAUAAGAGGAUUUGCUUCUGAAGUUGGUAAAAACAUCCGUGGUAGUAGUGAGGACUUAAGUGAUUCUCUGAGUUAUAAAUUUGGGGAAGGAAAGCUUAGCAGCUUUGCCAGUAGCAUUUCUAGUGGGCAGAGUGCACCAGUUCAAACAUAUGAAUCCAUGGGGGGUUUUGGAUCUGAUUCUAGAAGUUCCUCCAAUCAUGCAUCAUUGUAUUCAGUUACACCUGAAACUAAUUCUCGGAGAUCUCGUCCAUCCUUCCUUGAUUCUCUUAAUGUGUCUAAAACUUCUUCAGGCACUGUUUCUCAACAACCUGAACCAGAAGGGCCAUUUAUGUCCAACAGUUCUAAAUCAAGUGGCAUGAAUUUUCUAGGUUCAUCGCCUUUCCACAAGCCAUCUAUGGAUGAUGAUACUGUGAGACCCUUUUUAAAGUUUGAAAGUGGUGCACCUCAUGCAUCUGAGCCUUCCAUGAAGUCUUCACUUUCUCCUAAUGCUUGGAUGGACCAGCAGAGGCCAACAGUUGAGGGGAAUAGCAUGGAGAGAAAGCAUGAAUUUUAUUCUCCUAAUCAGAAUGAAGAUUUUUCUGCUUUGGAACAGCAUAUUGAAGAUUUGACACAAGAAAAGUUCUCUUUGCAACGAGCACUUGAGGCUUCACGUGCUUUAGCAGAGUCAUUGGCUGCUGAAAAUUCUUCUUUGACAGAGAGUUAUAACCAACAGAGAACUGUUGUUGAUCAACUAAAAUCUGACUUGGAAAAUAUACAGGAGGAAAUCAAACACCAGCUGGUGGAACUUGAUGCGGUCAGAAAUGAAUAUGCAAAUGCACAGCUAGAAUGUAAUGCCGCUGAUGAACGUGCUAAGCUAUUGGCAUCGGAAGUUAUCGGAUUAGAGGAGAAGGCAUUAAGACUAAGGUCCAGUGAGCUAAAGCUGGAGAGGCAAUUGGAGAACUCACAGGCUGAAAUCUUGUCGUACAAGAAAAGAAUGUCCAGCCUAGAAAAAGAUCGUUCAGAUUUGCAGUCAACUAUCAAUGCUCUUCAGGAAGAGAAGAAGCUGUUGCAGUCUAUGCUACGGAAAGCCUCCACAAGUGGAAAUAAAGUUGAUGUCAGCAAGAGUACUACUAACAACAAAGAUGUGUCUACUUCUACAGAAGAUCUAGUUGAGGAAAAUGAAGACGCUAUUCCUGACACCUUAGGCCAGGAAGGGGGCGAUGCCUCGAGUUUCCCAAUGCUGCCUGAAAAUGGACAGUCAACUUUUGACAUUUCAUCUGUGAAUCUACCUCCCGAUCAGAUGCAAACAGUUGAAAACAUCAGUACACUAAUUUCCGAGUUAGCAUUGGAGAAAGAAGAAUUGAUACAAUCUUUGGCAUCCGAGUCAUCUCAAUGUUCCAAGCUGAAGGAGCUGAACAAUGAAUUGUCUCGGAAACUUGAAGCCCAAACUCAGAGAUUAGAGCUUUUGACAGCCCAAAGUAUGGCUAAUGAGAAUACUCUCGUCAGACAACCCACUCCUGUUGAUAUGUCGUACAAUGCUCCAUAUGCAGAUGAAGGUGAUGAGGUAGUGGAAAGAGUCUUGGGAUGGAUUAUGAAGCUUUUCCCUGGAGGGCCAUCAAAACGAAGAACUAGUAAGCUUCUAUGAGUUUCGACUCAGUAUAGCUUGUCAGGAAUGCCUGUGCUGAGAUCUGGUUUUGUUUUCCAUCACUCCCUUGGCGUAAUGAAGGUCGUAAUUUGUUUAUUUUUUGAGUCAAUCUUAGAGCCCAUUCUUUCCAGUACAAGAAAUAAGAUCUUGUACGUAAGAGGCCGGCCCUGUCAUUGAUUGAGAGAGCAUUUCUUUGAAUGAUGACAAUAAAGUCCCUUGUUACACUUAUUGAUUUAGAUCUUAUAUUUUAGGGGAAGGGAUGUGGUGGAUACCGAAAGAGAGGGAUUAAAAGUAUAGACGUGAGAGAUGAACGUGCAUUUUUUUAGUUUCGCAAUUUUUUGUUGUAUUUUAAUUUGAAUGUGCUUUUUUUUUUAAUGCGUUUGAGGUUUUUCUUUGCGAAACUUGUUCAGGCAUGACUUUCGAUAUACAUAAUGAUAUGUCUUAUGAAUUUGAAUCGACGAUUGCGUUAUUAA